AUCUGUAUAAAUUUUCUUUUCACGCCCAUUAUUGUAUAGUAAACUAAUCCAUGACAUCAUAAGUUCCUUGACCUUUUCGUGCAAAAAUCGGCAGUAAACAAUGGAAAAUCAAGAGAAAAUUCUGAACUUUUUAGAAGAAUUCGACAAAUCUCCAUCCAAAAACAUUCCACCGACCCUUGAAGAUUACCUCAAGUCAGUCGCGAAAACUGGUAAAACAGUGUUCCAAUGGCCUUUACUGAAGUCAUUGUUGGUCCAAAAACUAGAAUUGGUUAUGGACGAGUUCAAUAAAGAUGAGCCAUUUGAAAGAGCGAAUCCUUUACCAAAUGUUGAAAACGCAAAAUUUGAUGAAAUGAAAAAAAGGAUUCUUGAAGCCCUCCAGAAGUUUAACAGUGCUCCGUUUACAGUACAGCGAUUGUGCGAGUUGGUCACAUCACCAAAGAAACACUACACACAGUGUGAUAAGUUCCUCAGGGGAAUUGAAAAGAACGUACUAGUAGUCACUACAGUUGAUCCACAAGGAAGGAAAAUAGUGUCAGAGUCUAGGUUUAUGGUAAAUGGUUUGGACUCCAAUGGUGUGGAUCAACAGCACGAUUCAGUCAAUGAAUUCACGGAUGAAAAGCCAUUUGGGUCUGUACCUCAGAUAGACUGGUCAUCGAAUCAUGCAACUGCAGUGUGGCCUGCAAAAUCUAAAGCCGAGAACCAGUCGAGUAAAAAUAAUGACACAGAUUGUAGAGCUGUAGAAAAAGAAACUGUUUAUGAAACUAAGAAAGAUGAAAACAAAUCUGUUAGUGAAAGUGUGACAGUUGACAAUGAAGCAAUGGAGGAUUCUUCCUCUGAUACUUCAGAAGAAACUACCGAAGAUGAUGUUAUCAUGAACAAUAGUACAACAAAGGAGGUUGAUCAAAGUCAAGUGGUUUCAGACAGUGUUCGACUGCCACCAACGUCCACCUUGUUUUCUCGCAUAGAAAAGGACGACAAGACUGACAGUGACAAUGAGGACUGUGUAACAGAUACUGAGACAAAAAGCAGCAAAGAGCUUUCAAUGCCAGAGCAAACAGACGGUGUUGUUGCCUUGGAAACACCAUGUGAUGUGGAAUCAGAGGAACCAGAAACAGUUUUAGCUCUUGACAAGUCUUUAGGGUCAAAGUCAGUGGAUCCAGAUCCUAAUUCAUCUUUAAACCCUGAAGAAUCUCCUGCUGCACAGGCCACUGAAGCAAUUGAGGGGGUUGAAACCACUACUCCGGAGACGGUUUCCUCAACCGAGAAUGAGGCGGAAGGACCACCGGAAAAAAAGAUGAAGCUGAGUCCUGUGAAAGACAACAUCACUGUGUCUAGUUCGAGCCCAGUGGGACCGCCGGACGAUGAAGAGUCAAGAGGCUUUGAGGUUGUCAGUGACAAAGUAGAAUCAAACGAAGAUGAGGCUAGUUCAGAGACCUUAGAACAACCAAAUGUUGAUGUCAAGAGAGACGAAACUGAAGAAGCAUCUACCACUGCAAGUAGUACACCUGAACAAGCAAGCCCUAUUGACACACCUGUUCCCGAAUCAGACCAAUCUGAAAAGGCAGCUAAAGAAAAGGAAAAACUAGAAAUAAAAAAAGCUGAAGAUUACUUAGGGAAGGAUGCUAAGGAUGAUACAUCAGUCGCAGCUAUCAGCCAUGAAGGUAAAAAAGACCCAACAGAUCAAGUUUAUGAAACAGAUGUGAAGAAGGAUCAACAGACGGAGCAGGAAAACACAAUGACGGACAAUGCAGCUGAGGAACAUGUGACGCAGGAUGAGGUAGCCAUGGAAACUGAAAGUGCAACUGAACGGGCAGAAGAGCCAGAGUCAGUAGAGGACCUACGUUCAGAUGAAAGUGAACCUAUGGAUCAUGAAUAAAAAGCUGUAAAUGGUGUUUCAUUCACGCUGUGUGGGUAGGAUUUAUUUUUCUCUGGAUAGUGUUAAAUGGUCUUAGCAAUCUCAUUAAGAAGAAUAAAAUAAAAAGGCUCGCACAAGUCGGCCAUGUUUGCGUAGGCAAUGGUGGCAUUGAUUUGGUUGUUACAGUUAGAAGCUUAUAUAUUUCACUAAGCAAUGGCAUUUAUGACUUCACAGCAUGAGUUUUGUUGAUAAAAUGAUGUUCAUGUAGAAUUUGUGUUCAUCUGUUGGAAUGUUAAUUUUAUGAACAAAACUUUUCACAAGUGUAAAUAAUUGACACUGAGUACUCUCUGCAUUCCAUGUAGGAGUUCGAAACUUGGAGGAAGAUUUUUGCUUUCAAAGCUAUGCUUACAUGUUACAUACAUGAAAAUUGUCACAUUCACAUUAGGCUAAAUAUUUUUAGCAUUUUAAUUAAUAAUUUACGAAUAUGUCAUGAAGCAAAUUGUCAUUUGCAUAAGUGUAUUUAUCCCAUGUGAAAUUAAUGUCAAUAAAGUUGUGAAUUUGU